UUUGGCUUUGGUUCAGCACUCGAAAAGCCCUCGGUGCGCUCUCCAUAAGUCCACAUGAUGAGAACUUUGAUCCUCAGUUUGCUCGGCCUACUGGAGGCUAGUGUUUUGGAAGAGAAGGUCCUAGAGUCUGUGGCGAGUGGUGCAGUGCAUCUAGCGCUGGAUGGAUCUGGGACAGUGGAGCAGGUUGAGGUGCCAGCCGAACGACCAUUUUGGAAGAAGGCAAAGAAGUAUGACGACGAUGUUGAGAAAAGCCUUGAAGCUGCGAACCUUACACAGGACGAGAGGCAAGAGGUGGAGAAGAAUCUUGAUGACCUGUUGAACCACACAAACAUCACGCUCUACCAGGAAUGGGGUGUUGCGUCCUUGGUCCAGAUCGAGCGCCCCAACCACACCGUAGCGCUCCGAAACCAUUCGUCCACGGUGUCGGUGAAGGGCACGGAUCCCCGGUUGAAGGCCCUGAACGAGCAACAUGACAACCUCACUCGCUUGGUUCAUUCGCAGGCCGAUGUGGUGGCACACACCUCUGCGAAUUUGGCCAAGAACAAUGAGGAGAUUGACAAGCAAGAGCUGGAGGUAGCUCACGCAGGGGAUCUGUACAACAAAGCUCAUGCUGACACUCUCAGAGCUGAGAAGGCCUUUAAGGAUCACAUGGUGGCGCUCGCCAUUGCCAAGAAGCGCCGGGAUGACCUGCGAAGGAAAGCAGAGGAGGCCAGAAAGGUUUUGGAGCAGGUUGGGCCCCAGGCCAAUGCUGCAGAGUAUCACCUGAACAUCUUGAUGUCGAGAACUCCUGGACUCAAGGAACACGCCAAGUCCAAAGACCAGGACGAGGACAAGAUGGCCGAUUACUUGGAGGCGGAGGAAAAGAAGGCAAAGGACAUGCAGAUCAAGCUCACGGGCGACGACUCUGCCUUGCAGGCGGCCAUUGUCAAGCUGAACGGACUCAAUAGUGACCUGAAGCGGAUCGAGGAGAAGAUCAUUCACUGGAACGGCGAAGCCCGGCCUUUGGCGAUGGUGCCGGUCGCGCUGGUCUCAUUGCUUCUGGGUUUCCACGGUCAACUUUGAGUGUGGUGAGUAGUAAGUGUAGAGGGUCCUGCGCAUCCAAAACAGGGUGCUGCAGCUCCUGUCUGACACAAUCCAACUCUGACGGUCUGUUGAAAGGCAGACACCACGAGUUGCGUUGGAGAAAGAUGCCGUGGACGUGCACUUGAAGACCCAAUCCUACAUACAGAAGUUGUAAAUGCCACAUGUCACCAUGAUUAUAAAGAAGAAGCUAGAAGCUAGAAGCACCUUCGACCCGAUAUGUUGGAUAUAGUCUUGUUAGAGUCAAGCACGCAUCAAGCAGCUGUUGACUCCUUGGUCAGUCCCUCUUUCUCAGACAACUCUUCGUUUUAUACUGGACAUCAUCCAGUUUUCACCUCAAAUAGGCCUAGUAAGUUGCAGAACAUGACGUGGACUCUCGACGACGUUUUCCCCCA